AUGUCGCAAGACUACAAUUACGACGAACAGGGACAGUUCUUCCCCUACUUCGUCCUCACCAUCGUUGGCCUCAUCACACUACCCACCACAUACUCCGCCUUCAGGAAGGGCCAGGACCUCGAAAACACAGCGACCCGGAUAAAAUCCGACUUCCAACCCGAACAUGCGGAUCUUAUUGAAGGACAAAGGAAGAAGCAGAGGAGGAGGGAGCGCAAGCUGAAGCGCAUGGUAGUUGCGGCGGCAGGAUGGGCGCUCAUGGCGGGUAUGGUGUACCUGAUCAUCGUGACGGCGAGGACGGUGCCGAAAAUAUGGGAUCCUUACGAUGUGCUUGGGGCUUCAAGGUCCUGGGACGAGAGAAAGAUCAAAUCGCAUUACCGGAAGCUUUCCCUUACGCACCAUCCAGACAAACGUCAGCCCGACCCCGCCAAGAAUGAGACUGUCGACCUCAUCAACGAUGAGUGGGUGGAGAUGACCAAGGCGUUCAAGACUCUGACGGACGAGGAGGUCAGAAACAAUUACAUCCAAUAUGGCCACCCAGACGGCAAGCAGAGCUUCAGUAUUGGCAUUGCGCUGCCGAAAUUUAUCAUCAGCGAAGGCAACGGCAAAUACGUCCUGAUGCUCUAUGGCGCUCUACUGGGUGUGAUUCUGCCAUACUUUGUGGGCAAGUGGUGGUAUGGCUCUCAGAAAGUUACAAAAGAGAAAAUCCUCGUUGCAAGUGCUGGAAACCUGUUCAGGGAGUACGAAAACGAAAUGACUGAGGGUGACCUGAUCAAUGCGAUAAGCAGCGGCGAGGAGUUCAAGCAUAUUCUUCAUGGUAAGUCAGAUGCAGGAUUAGCUAGGAUCGAACAACGCAUCCUAGCGGAUGGAGAGGCAUCGCCACUUGCGGGAGGGUUGGGAGUUAAAGACCGUGCCAAGUUACAAGAGCUGGAUGAGGGUGUACGCAGGAAAGCUCUUGGACUAUUAUGGGCAUACCUAGGUCGGGUUGAGUUGGACGAUCAGGCACUCAACGACGAAAAAUAUGAGGUCGCACCAACAGCACUCGCACUGACUGAUGCGUUUACGUCCAUGUCGUUGGCCUACGGCAAUACGAAACCGCUGCUGGCGGCCUACCACACCUCACAGAACCUCAUCCAAGCCGUGCCUCCGAGAGCCUCCCCAUUACUGCAACUCCCACGCUUUACACCCGCAGUAGUCCGGGCUGUAGAAGGCGAAACCGCAAGGACGCAUCUAACAGUGCAAGAUUUCAUGCGCAUCCCGGCCGAUCAGCGCAAGAAACGCGCCGUUGGCCCGGGGCUUCUAACGGAAAAGGAAUACAAUGCUGCUAUCCAGAUCGCAUCGCAACUACCUGCGCUCAAGGUCGAGAAAGCGUUCUUCAAAGUUGUAGGCGAGCGCUUCGUCACGCCAAGCAGUUUGGUCCAGUUCGUUGUCAAAGCGCGAAUCAUUCCUCCCGGGGCCAACCACAUCCCAGAAGUCAACGAGAAGGAUCUUGAAGACGUCGAUGCCAAAGAAGGCGAUCUUGAUGCCCUGCACGGCCGCAAGAAGAACGACCCGGAGGACGCUGAAAACCGCAUACAGCCUCCCCUCGCGCACGCACCCUUCUUCGCACGAGACCACUCACCGCGAUGGCACGUAUUCCUUGCUGACAGCAAGCAAGGCAAGAUUGCCGUCCCUCCCUUCACCUUCUCGACAUUCGAUAAGCCGCUCUUUGACGAGCGCGGCAACCCGACAUUCAACGUGCAGACGCUGAAGAUGCAGUUUGGUGCUCCGCCGCAUGCGGGUCGCUACACUUUUGUCAUGCACCUGAUCUGCGAUAGCUAUAUUGGCAUGGAUACGAAGAUGGAAGUCACACUGGUCGUGGAAGAGGCGUCGAAGGCGGAGGAGAUGGUGGAGGAAGAGGAGAUUAGCGAGCCGGAAGAAGGUACUGUAAUGGGGCAGAUGAACGCGCUGAAAAAGGAUGCUAGUGCUAAGCAGCGUCCACGCCGCGUCGCGGACGAGUCUAGCGGGAGCGAUACUGAGGGUGAUGAGGAGACAGAAAGCGAGACGGAUACCGAUACCGAUACUGAUGACGAGUGA